AUGGAAUUAUCCCGACUACUUCUAUCGUUCCAUGUACCUACGCGCCCAAAGCAACACUUCCUAGCGACUACAGGACUUUGCGCUGUGAGGCAUGCAUCAUUCAGGCCAAACCCAUGGUCAAGGCGAUCAAAAAGACCAAUCCAACGGCAUAAUCCUUCAAAUACCCCAUCUUCCAGGGGGCAGCCAGGAAGAAGCUCUGCUGGUUCUCAGGCAGGCGGUCAAGGUGAUGCAUCAUCUCGAAGCAGUGGAGCAAAUCCCCAAUAUAAUACCCUGCUUGCUCCAGUCCACAUCCCCGAAGACCCGGAUGACCUACUUAAACAGAACCACCCUGCUAGCCAGAUCCUAGCCAAUUCGGGGCUGGUAGUUCAAAGACAGCUGGAAAUGAUGAAUGUCUUGCUUGGCUUUGAACAAGCAAACCGAUAUGUGAUCUUGGAUGCUCACGGAACCCAUGUAGGAUAUAUGGCAGAAGAAGAAAAAGGGAUGGGCAGCAUGCUAUCUCGCCAGUGGCUACACACUCAUCGGCCAUUUGUGACCCAUGUCUUCGAUAGAAACCAAAAUGAAGUUUUGCGCUUUCAUAGGCCUUUUUCCUGGAUCAAUUCUACAAUAUUUGUGUUUGACCCUCACAACAAUACGACCGGGUCCCAUGCACCAUUAAUUGACCUACAGCACAAUGUACCCGGCUCACAAGCAGGAUCCGUUAAGGUGUCUCCACUUGAACAUUCACAGAUGCGUGUUAUAGGAGCCGCACAGCAGCGUUGGGCACUACUUCGGCGGAAGUACAAUUUAUUCCUCUCCCAUCCAAAUACGCCCGCGAGGCGUAUAUCAGCGGGCAUUCAGCAGCCCGCAGUUCCGCCAGAAAAAAGCUUACACCAGUUUGCGCAUGUCGAUGAACCGUUUCUAUCCUGGGACUUUUCCGUGCGCUCAGCUGAAUCUCAACUCCUCGGAUCCGUGAACCGCAACUUUGCAGGCUUUGCAAGAGAGAUAUUCACAGACACAGGAGUUUAUGCACUACGCAUGGAUUCAGCAAGUAUGGCUGAAGAAACGCAAUCAAAGGGCACAGAGCCAUUGAAAAGUGCACCGGCUCCGAGCAUGACAUUGGAUCAACGAGCCGUUUUGCUUGCUACCGCUGUGACCAUCGAUUUUGACUAUUUCAGUCGUCAUAGCAGCGGUCCCGGUAUAGUCCCUAUUCCAUUGUUUGGCCUUGGUGAAGGUGGGACAGGGGCAGCUGCCGGUACAGCCGCUGGAGGAGCUGGGGCUAUGGAAGGUGCUGCUGCAGGAGCUGUUGGUGCUGGCUCCAUUGCAGGAUAUGAAGCUAUGCGUAGGGGAAGCUCAGCACACCAGGACCCAGCACAAGAACCCCAGGAUAUGGAGGGACAGCAAGCUCAGCACCACGGAUCCACUGAACAAGGAGCAGGUGAAGAUGUAUGGGGAGAAGUUGAUCAGUAUCCCUGGGAGCAAAGAGACGAAAGCCCAUUCCCAACGAAAGAACAAGACGCCUGGCCUAGUGGUGGCAGUGAUUUAUGGAGUGACGGCAGCGAUGGCGGUGAUGACAGUGAUCUUGAUGAUUUUUUUUAA